AUGGCCAGUCUGGACGAGGUGCUACGAACUUUUUCGUUGCAAAAAAUGCAGGAACUCAAGGAAAAACAAGGAACCGAGGAUACCACUGAGGACAUGAUCAUACAAAGCAACAAAAACGGUGUUCAAGAAGAAACAACUGAAAAUAAAGAAACCAAAGGAAAACCUGAAGAUGAAGCGCAAAUCAAUGAACAAACAGAUCAUACACCAUCCCAAGAAACAGUCGAGAGUGAGAAUAAACAAAUGAAGCCUUCAGAAAAAGAGUCGUACAUCAAUGAAACAGAAACAGAUGCAAAGGUGAAGGAACCAAAUCAAAAGAAAGCAGACGUCACCAGUAAAGACAGCAAAGACAAGAAAAUAACUAUCAAGCUCUUUACAAAGACAAUUGAAACUGAAGUAUUAAAGGAGAAAAAGGAAGAUGCAGCUGAGGAAAAGGAAGAAGAUGACGAUGAUGAAGGAAGUAGUUCAGAUGACAGUGAAAAUGAGGAUGAUGCAGAGAUGAAAGACGGGAAGCCCUGGAGGAAGGUGUAUGAAGAGGGAGAGUUGUCUCCAUCUAGUGAGAGUGAUGAUGAAGAAGGAGAAGGGGAGAUAAAGAGUAACAAAGAAGACGACAAAGACUCAUACUCAAGUGGAGAAAUUAAAGAUGAGAACACAAAGAAAUCAAAGAAACACAAGAAACACAAACAUAAGAAACAUAAGCAUAAGGAAAAGGUUAAGGAUAAAGAAUCACCAAAAGACAAGGAUAAACACAAGGACAAGAGCAAGAAGGAGAAGAAAAAAGACAAAGACAAGAAAGAGCAUAAGGACAAAAACAAAAAGAAAUCAAAAUCAAAAGAUAAGGAAGAUGCACAGGACAAAGAGGAUGGUGCUGAAGUGGUGAACUUAGAGACGGAGAAAAAACACAAACAUGACAAGAAACAUAAAAGUAAACACAAAGAUAAAGGGGAUGAAAAGGAUGAAAAGAGUAAAAGCAGCAGUAAGAGGAAGCAUAAGUCACGUUCCAGGUCUCAAUCCCCAUCAAUACAUAAAUCAUCAUCUCACAAGAAGCGACGUCAUUCAUCAAGAUCCCGAUCCAAAUCACCAAGAGAUCACAAACACAAAUCCAACUCAAGAGAAAGAGAUUACUAUGGAAAAAGGACAUAUGACAUGCAUUACUCAAAUCGUGACUUAAAGCACAGACGGCGAUCUCGCUCAAGAUCUCCUUAUAAGGUUGAUGAGUUUAGAAUUGACAAAGCUAAACUGCUUGAGAUUGCUAAAGCCAAUGCCUAUGCCAAAAUGCAGAGUGGGGAGUUUCCGCCGUACAUGAAGUUGACUCCAAAAAGUACUGUAACAAGAGUUGAUAAAAAAGAGGGGAGAAGUGUUGCAGAGUUAACGGCUGUUUGUAAGGAGAUCUCCAGCAAGCAGAAGGACUACUCCGACUCUGAUGAUUCACCUGUUAACAGACCCGUUGGUUCAGAUGAAGAGAAUGAUGAACCAUUUAUCAGGCAUCCAUUCAAAGUCAGGGAAGCUCCACUGGGGAUUGUGAUGAAUAUCAAGAAUGCUGUCCAGAAGCCAAUCCAAGACAAAGAGAUGCUCCGCCUGACCUUCCCCGUCUCAAGCGGCUCCCAACACCGUAAGAAAGAGGAUGAGUUGGGACUCAAUCCCUAUGGAGAUUGGAUAGCUGUGGAGAAGAAACCCAAAAUGAUGGACCCUGUAGCUAAACCAACUACUAAGAUAAUACCUAUCCCUGGGAUUACUACAAUGACAUCUGCAGAAGCAACAGUAGCAGCUGUGGGUGCAACAUUAACAGCCACUGAAACAUCAAUGCAACCAGUUGUUGCAGCAGUUGUAGCUCCCCCUGCAGUAGCUCCUGAUGCAGCAGUAGCUGCAGCUGCUAUGCCACCACCACUCACCACUAAUGUACCAACUGCUGUUGCUGCAAUCCCUGUUGCUGCAAUCCCUGCUGCUGCAAUCCCUGCUGCAACGCCUGUUGUUACAGCACCCGUCAUUCCAAUGCCACAAGCUCCUCUAACCUUUGCUGGAAUAAUAGCUGGAGCUUUGCCAUCCACUAGUGCCAUCGCUGCAGCUUCUGCCAUACCUGCUGCAGCCGCUGCUGCUGAAUAUGCAGCUGUAACUGCUGCAGCUGCCGUUCAAAGGGCAGCAGAGGUACACACAGCUGCACACGCAGCACAGUUGCCAGUUCCUAUAGGAGUAGCUGCAGUGCCUCCAGUUCAACCAAAGAAAGUAGAACCAGUGUUUGAGGAAGUUCCAAUUCAGAAAGUCGACAUUGCAGCGAUGGUAUCGGCAAGACUUAAGGCAGCAAGACGGCUUGAGAGUAACCCUAAUGAUGUGGAGGCUUUAUCAGUCAUGCAUAAGGCUCAGACACAGAUUCGUAACUGGACAAUGUGUAAGCAGAAGCCAGGAAUGUUUACCGGUGAUACCGGAUUGCGAACACUCCGCCCUGAGCAACUUGCCAACUCGGACCCAAGAGCUCAGGCAUGGGCAAAGAAGGCAAACGUUACCAAGCACAUUGCAGCUCUCUCUGGAAGAUCCAUCUGACUUGAAAUAAACUGUGCGACGGAGAGAUCGGAUUGAUAAUGUACAACGCGGUAUGGGUAGGUAAGAGGUAAUUUAAGCAUACAUGUGUCUGAUAGAUGCUGGAAUCGAACGCAACUAUAUUAUGUUGUUUACCCUUUUUGUCUUGGCAAAAUGGGAGGUUCACUUGUGUGCUUAAAAUAACUCUUAUACAAAUCAACUAGUACACAAAUAUAGACUCCUCCGAGUGCUAUGGAAACUGCAACUUCUAAGGUGAUCCCAGGAGCACUUUAUCUAUCCCUGAUUGGGUUCACUGAGGGAGUCUGUUAAACCAUAGCAUGAGUAAAAGCAGUCCAUAUUUGUUGUAUAACAUCCCCAUAUAUAAAUUCUGCCUUGACUUCUAGGUACCAAGAAGCUAGCACUGCUACAUGUGUAGUACGAUUGUUGCUACUGGUACUGUACCUCAGUUACUAUUGAUACAUUACAUUGGUUGCUACGGGUAUAGUACAUGUCAUGUGAUGCACUCUAAACCAAUGACAAGGCAGAAUCUAUUUAUGGAGUGUUUUCAACAUGCAAUUAUUAGUAGUUCCAACAGAUCAGUUUAGUUUCUACUUUGUUAAGCUAAACUAUUAGUUAAGCUAAACUAUUAGUUAAGCUAAACUAUUAGCGAUGAUAACAUGUGAAAUAUUGUGCGAGUGUUGAAGGUUUCAUGAAAGGUGUCUUAUAAAGCAGAGACCCUUACAAGUACAAAGUAUUUUAGUUAAGUAACAUCGUUUUGGACAUUAUUUAAGUUGAAAGAAAGUUGCAGAAAAUUCAAGUCUUUGGCAAAGAACAAUACAUUCAAAUUCAACUGCAAAACAUUUGCAAAAAGGCAAGUGCAAUGGUUUCUUGGGUAAAUCCUAAUAGACGACCCUUUUUUGAUCAUUCUUAGAUCUGGUGUGAAAGUGAUAUGAUUUUAAUGAAACACUAGCAGAAUAGUCAGUCUUAAAACCUAUUCCGUUAUAAAACAAUGUUUGUAAAUUGGGAUAUUUUAAUGCACAUUAUAACACAUUGUUUUCCAUUGUCUCCCCUUACCUUCCCCAACAUUGAAACUUUUCGGUAU